AUGGGGCGAGACGGAUAUGGGCGGCGAUGCCUCCCACAAGGCAGGGGGGGAACCAAAAACUUUAUCUUCUGCGAAAUAAUGAGAGGGGCCAAUGUACGGGCACCCGUGUAUAUGUUUGGAACGAAGGGGAACAACAGCCAUGCCGGCGACGCAGGCUUAGAUGGGCGUUUGAAUGACUUUAAUUUCUGUAGGGCAGCAGUCACACUUCAGAUGACCAUGCAAGGGGAGAUGGGGAGGAACGCAGGCGAACGCGCUAGGGAAUAG